AUGACUAUUUUCCCAGGAAACUUUGCAAAGAGAUACCUAUCAGCAGAGAUUGCCACGGCUCCGGAGCCGGAAAUUUUGGGGUCGGCUCCGGCUCCCGAGCCCAAAGUCGGAGCCAGGCUUCCCAGCGGUCAGAAAAGUAAAAAUUUCGUGAUCUUGUUAAACCAAAUUACUUGAAAAACACUGCGGAGUAUGUGACUUGACUGCGAAAACGUUGACUGUGUGAUCUCUGGCACUAAUAACUUUUAUUUUUGGAAAAAUAUUUUUAAAAAAACAUUUUGCAUAGGAGCCGGGAUUCGGAGCCGGAGGCCUUUUUAAAUUUUGCACGGAGCCAAGAGCCGGAGCUGCAAAUUUGGCCUCGGCUCCGGCUCUGGGAGCUAAGAGCCGGAGCCGGAGCCGACAUUUUGACCGUGGCAAUCUCUGCCUAUCAGUUUGUCGGGAAAAUAAUGAUCACUCUUUCGCAUCGAAAAUCGCAUCACCUCCAAGAGAAUGAAUUGUGUCGCGGCCAAAUCAAAUUGCUUUUCACUUCAACUACGUAAUCGGCGCAGUGAUAUUGUGCUCAACAUUUUCCCGACAAGAAAAAUUUAAGUUUUUUUGACCGUCAAAGAUCCCUCUAUAUCUCGGCUGUCGCUCCAAGCUGUGAGCUAGAAUUUUCAGUGAUUAAUCUGUACUCUAUACAGUCUAUGUGUACCAAAUUUUAAGAAAAUCCAGGGCUCUGACUUUGAGUACCUACCAUUUGAAAAUUCCACUUUAGUCUUUGACUUUUCCAGCCAAUUUUUGAAAUUAAGAUAAUUUCGGUCCCGUCUUGCCCUACCCCACUCUCCAGCAAUCCUCCUUUACCUUCUCUCUUCUCCUCUCUUCUCCCACAAUUGCUCUUUGACUCCACUCCCUCAUCUAUUCAUCUAUUUAUCGCCUCUCCCCCCACCAACCUCCCUCCCAUCUUGGCCAUAAAGCCGCGCCAGCCCCGUGUGCGAACCCCCGCCCAAAUCAUCCCCCAGGUUCUAAUUAGCCAGUUGGACCGGCCGGCAACGAACCGCAGAGGUAAUAACCACCAAUCCUGGACGUAUAAAUCCCGUCCUUUCAGGAAGCGGUUAUACGACUUUUUACUAUUUUUAUUGCGUUGGAGUCUGAUGUCCGUGGGGCUUUUGUUGACUCAAAUUGGACGCGGGGAACAAAAAAUGAUGGCCCGAAAAGGGUUUGAAGGGCAACGUGAUAUUUUGGAAGCCUCGCUGUAACGAUUUUUUUUGUUGAAAAAAUUUUAUCGUAAUAUCGCACACCUCCAAAAAGACGUCAUUUUUCGUCGAAAAAAUCGCGUUUUCAACGGAACAAAAAGCAUUGUAUAUAGCGUGCGUUAUACGAAGAUUUGUUCUAUACACUUUUUCCAUCAACUUUGCACCCGAAAUUUCUGUUAUCGCCAUUUAUAUCGCCAGAUUCCGUCGAAAAGUCGGCUAAUCCGAUAAUUCCCGUAAUUGCUAUUUUAUCGUUUGCACUUUGUAAUUCGCCAGUAAUCACAGUGUAUUCAGCACAAGUUACACACCUCGAAGCAUGUAAUUCGGCGGCUAAUUGGGGCUUCCCAAACUUGCACUAUCGCGUUCUGAGGGCAGAGUUCAUCGGAUAUGGGAAAUACGAUGAUUUUAGGGCCUGCAGAAGUACGUACAGGGCUUGCAUUUUGGGUUACGUGUAGCUGACGGGUUGAAAGAGUCAGUUUUUGCACGCAUUUGCGAGGCUUGUAGACCGCGUUUUGUUAGAUUUUUUUGAGAUUUUUGAGAUUUUUACAUUGCAAUGGCGAAAAAGUUUUAUCGAGGAAAAUUGAGUGCUAAAAUUUUCUGGGAUUAUUAUUAGUAUUUUCAUAAAGUGCAUGGACAUUUUUCCGCUUUUCACAGUGCAUUUUGAACUUUUUCCCACGCUUGUCGCUAACGCACAGUGCAUUGUUUUCUUUUUGCACAGUGCAAAGCUCAAAAUAUUUAGAUUGCCAUUUGCACUGUGCAAAUGUUUGAGAAAAGCAGCGGAAAUGCUGUUGAAAAUAGCUUUAUUUCCAAUGCACUGUGCGAAAAAAGAAAAAAGUAAAAUGCACAGUGCAAAAUGGGGUGUUUUGUGCACAGAGCGGACCUCGACAAAUGUCCAUGCACUUUAUGAAAAUACUAAUAUCAGUCUGUCGGGAAAAUAACGGCGGAUUGUCGCAGCAAAAUGUCUCGCCUCGCCGCUAUCGCGCACCAAAUCCCCAGCCGCGGCUUGCAGUCGCAGAGCGAUGAUGGGCGAUUCCAAGGCGCGACGAUCCGCCGUUAUUGUUUUUGGACAGUGCAUGUCGCUGAAGUCGCGAAAAUCACUCCGGCGACCUUGCGACCGGACUAAUAAUACUACAGUGAGGGACCUGAUCCAAUGGCAAAAAACGUCUCCUUUUGCAUCCCGGAAGGGACCAAAAUGACUCCAAACCCUUCCCUUCUCUAACAAUAAGCUAAAAAACCCCGCUUUGAAGAGCCCGCCUUGAAGCAACUUCACUUGGAGAGGUAUGCUGCUGCAUUUUUUGAUACUUUCCGGAUGCAAAAUGAGACGUUUUUUGCCAUUGGAUCCGGUCCCUCACUGUAUCCCAUCUAUUUAUUAGUCUGUCGGGAAAAUAACGGCGGGCCGUGGAAGCGCCCAUCAUCGCCUUGCGACGGCAGCCGAAGCUGUAAAUCUGGUGCGCGGCUGAACCCUUUUUCGAAACAUUUUGUUGCGACGACCCGCCAUUAUUUUCCCGGCAGACUGAUGUAUAGAUUGCUCAUGCAAAAUUCGAAGCAAAUCCAAAACUUACAAUUGGGGUACCUUGAAAAUUUCUUUUCUCUCAACUAUUCAUGGGAGCCCUCAACUUUUCCGUCAUCAAAAUUAUUUUCCAAAAAUUUCCGCAAUCUUCUUUGACCUCCACCUCCGUAAACAUGUUGCCAGCCCUCCCGUUUCACCUGCAGCCCUUCCCAAAUUACUGUGCGUUACUUCCGAAUUCCGACUAAUGGAAUAAAUAGCGACGCGCGAAAUGCCGCCUUACCUCGGAAUUCCCAAUCCCCAUUAUUUUCGGCGCUGCCCUUUGGGCCGGGCCACCUUCUCCGAUGACAUUUCCUGUUUUGGCGCCGCACGGGGCGCUAUUUUUGGACGCCAAUUGUUUUCUGAUUGAUAAACCGGCUCGAAAAUCGCUUGCCUCUUUCGAAAAAUUUUGCCCCGGAAAGAAGCGGAUGACGUUCGGCCCCGACAUUCGCCCUGAGGCGGUUUUGUGGCCAAAAAUUUAAUUUCUGCUCCGAGAUGAAUGGCGAGUGGGUUUCGGGUCUUGAGCUGAAAGGGAAACCAAUUUAGGGAAUGGCCUUGUUUGGGUCGUCUUGAUGACGUUCCGGGUCGUAUAAAUACGAAGCGUGAUGGGUGGAGGUAGGCAGCGAGGAGUUGUGGGGGUUGUUAGAGGCGUAGAUGAGUUUUGUAGGCUCUUUCAUUUUAUAUUUUUUCGCUUUGUUUUUUCCAAUUUUUUGGUGAUUUUGUAAAAUUUUUGAGCUUGCCAGUUUGUCGGGAAAAUAAUGUGGAUUUGUCGCAGAAAAAAAUCUCGCUGCUAUACGCGCCAAAUCUCCAGUCAAUCACAUAGCAAUGAUGGACGAUUCCAGGACGCGACGAAUCCACAUUAUUUUCCCGACAGACCCUAUACAAGGCCUAAAGUUACCUUUACUAACAGUCUUCAAGUGCAACCCAUAGAUUUUUUUCAAAUUUUCUUUUGGCCAAGUUUUGAACCAACAGUUUAUUUUUUGUUUUUCAGCUUGUCGGGAAAAUAAUGAGCACUCUGUCGCGUCGAAAAUCGCAUCGCCGCCGAGAAAAUGAAUUGUGUCGCGGCGGAAUCAAACGCCUUUCUUUUUAACGCUCGGCACCGACAUUUGCUCAUUAUUUUCCUGACAAACUGGUAUCGCAAAAAAUCCAAAUUUCUCCCAAGACUUCAGCAGACAGUAAUUCUGCAUUUUUCGGCAAAAAAUUUCAAAUUUCGACCGAAAAAAUCAAAAUUUUUUGGUCUUGCAUUCCACUAUCACAUCAGUCCUUCAAAUGAAAUCAUUUUGCCUUUUUAUUUGCUUCAAAUUGCGAGCUUCUGACACACAUCAUGUCCGGAAGUCCAAACUACUUUUUUGAGGUUGGUAAUUGUCAGGUUUGGGUGACAAUUCUUGUUUAACAAUUCCCCGUGGGGCAACGGAACGAGCACUAAUUGCAACUUUUGGUGGUUAUUAUUGCUUCUUUUGAGUGCGGCCAAUUUGAAGGCCAAUUACAUUACAACAAUUUUGACUACCGAUUACUUCGUAUUCGAAAAAAAUUGUCGGAUUAACCAGCAGCUAAUACGACGGUUAAUAGGAGCUUGAAAUUAGCAAUCUACAGGUCUGGAAGGAUUUUGCAGUAAAAUUAGUUCGUGGAGUAUUAGUCAGUGAUAGUCGGUGUUCAGACUGUUGUCAUUUGUCUUCAAGACGUUUAAAAAAACGGAUUUAGCAUUUUCAUAAAGUGCACGGACAUUUUCUCUCUUUCAGUGCAUUUUGAACUUUUUCCCACUCUUGUUGCCAACGCACAGUGCAUUUUCUCUUUUCGCACAGUGCAAACCACAAAAAAGAUGUUUGCACUGUGCAAAGUUGGAAAAUUUCUUAUAUAGCAGCGUGGUUUUCAGUAGAAAUUUUGUACGUCUCACCCAUGAAACCCACGUAUUUUUAGAGCCCCGAAAUCCCAAAAAAUCCGCAUUUUUUGGCCCAUUAAAACUCGCGUCCUGACUUUCCGGGUCGACAACAUUUUGGGCCAACAUAAAAUUGAUCGAUACAGGGGAUAAAAGAAUAAAAUUUGGGACAAAAAAGGAGAUCCGUAACUUUUAUCUAGAUGUUAUUGAUGUGAGUACAUGUAAAAGACCUCAAAAUAGGUGAUAGGCUAUCCUAUGACCCGGUCAGUCUUAUUAUUUCCACUAACUAACAAUAAGCCUUCUCAUCGCCUCUCCCAUGCAUACAAGGUCGAACCGACGCACGUCAAACUGAGGAGUCCGGUGACCGAAAUCGACUCUUCGCUAUCGGUUUUUUACACUUCGUCUAUUUCGCAGAGAAAGAGAGAAAAAAUACGCGCAAAAACGUACUCUCUCGCCCCAAAAAUUCCCCAUUUCUUCCCCGACAAAACGUUUUUUCGCGUCUUUUUUUUGGCAAAUUGCCAAUCCAUUCACCGGACUGUUUUAGCUUAUCUCAGUUUGACGUGCGACGCCAUUCAUAGUAUCGUUGACCCGAACUAUCGUUGAUCCGAAAAGUUGUAGCGAAAUCUUUGCUGUUAUUCCCUAACAAUAACCUAUCAGUCUGUCGGGAAAAUAAUGUAGAUUUGUCACAGCAAAAUGUCUGACCUAUAAAUCGGCACUUGCGCAUUGUCAACGUAUUUUACCUUUUUGCCACAUGCACUCUUACCGUUGUGGAUUUUACAACUGCCCCUUGAAAUUUCAACGUUUGGUCUUGUCGGCGAUUCCCCGAAACAGGGGCAUUAAACGCGUGUGAACCUGCUCUUUGUCCCCAUUAAACCCGCGGAAAAGGUUCAGAAUUUCCAAGCGCGAGACGCCGAAAUUGUCGGCUCUGACGUCAGCCGGGUGCACCUGAAUCUGCGUGUUUGUUGGGCAUUUUCGUGCGGGGAGGGGUUUUGUAAGCGGUUUGCGUGCCGGUAAACGGUUGUUUGCGGCAUGUCUACGGAAAACAGUUUUGUUUUUGGACGCGUUUUUCUUAUAGUGUUUUCGCCGCUCUCGUUGUAGUGUCAUGCGCGUUAUUGAGCGAGAACUUUGAAUAUUUUUCGAUCCAUUUAAAAGUAUACGUCUUUCAGGUAGAACUCUAGGCAUUCAUCGACUUGCAUUUCUGGCUGCUACGACUGCAAGUCCUUGGAUUUCCUCCGCUUACCCUCAACGCCUCCGGUUCGACGCCUAGAACGCCGCCAUCCAGCAAAGACGGGUCCCUACAGCCGACCCCGUCUGCUCGCCGACGCCACGCUGACCCGCAACACGGCCGCCGUCCCCUAACACAACGACGUUCACACGCGCCACAACCUACACCUGCCUUUUCGAAGCCCGCGCCAAACCCAACGCCGUCGCACCCGUCCGCCCGAAGCGCCGCCGAAGUGCCACCUACCGACUGCCAUUCCACGACUCCACCAACCUAACGCCCCGCUCCGCCACUAGCAACAGCCCGCGAACGCCGAGCGACGCCCCCACCGCCUCGCCGCCCGACUCUCCGCCCGCGCACAGCAGCGAGAACAGCCAGCGCGAGCCGCUGAUCCGACCGGCCGCUGAUCUGAAGCGCCCCAACCGCAACCGCAAGCCCCCGCAGCCGGAGUGUGGAGGAGCAGGCGGUGAGCGUCGCUGCAAGGUCCGUCUCCUCGACUCCGCGCAUGCCGCAGUAGUCGAGGCCGCCACCCAACGCCGCCACACCGACCGCAACAACCCGUACGACUCGCUCGACGCACCCACCGUUGUGUACGCCGCGUCUGUGGACCCGUCCGCCGCCGCCGCCGUCGUCGCAGCCGCGUCCCAAUCUCCGUCCUACGCCGCGCACACGCCGUUUGCCGUCGCCGCCGCCGCCUCAACGCCCGCCAACACGGUGCAGGUGUGUCCCGUCGCCGACGGUGCCGAGCCCGCUCUGCUGCUGAAAGCGGUCGACUCGCGACCCACCGCCGCCCACAGCGCGCCCCCGCAGCAGCAGCAGCAGUGCGAGGCGGACGCUGUGCCCGCGAAACACAAGACCGCCGACCUGCCCGCCACCACCACCGCCGCCGCCGACGACAUUCCGCCAGCCACGCACAGCGCGGAGGAGCACAGUCACGCGGAGCCCGACGACGCCAAGUCGCAACAAAAGUCGUCGACUCUGGGACACAUGCUGCUGAAACUGUUGCCCUGCAACUGUUCUAUGGGCAACAGUCAGGGGUGAGUGGGGAUGCCGAUUCGGGCCGUGCUGUCUUCUUGUACUUGACACUAAUCUUUCGAUUUUUCAGCCUUGCACUUCACAAUGAUGUAGCCGGCGGCAACGCUUCGAAUAUUGACCUCGAUGACAAGUAAGUGAAAUUGCAUGAUACUGGCGACAGCUGAAAGUUGACUUUACCCAGUAAUCUGCUUUUAACCGCCUAGCAGUAAUUCUGGCCCAUUUUCAGAACGAAUUUCGAGGAAGUGGCCGCAUGGGGCGUCUCGUUUGACCGCUUAAUGAAACAUAAAGGUAAGACAUUAACUUCUCUUACGUCAGCCCAUAAUUUUUAGUCGUAGAACGGGAACUUUAAAAAGUAAUGGCCAACCAAGGAAUUUCUUUUUGUGCAAUGCUAGGGCCAUGCGAAAAUGAUCUUUUGCUGUUAAAAAAUUUGGUCAGUAGCAUUGUUGACAGCGGUAUUUUGGUUUAUGAACAAUAUAACGCGAAAAUACGCCUCUGGAGCUACUUGUACUAAUUUUCUAGGACCAAGACGGAUAAGGCGAACCUGGUUUAUUUUGCUGACAAAAUUUUAAAUUUUUUUACCUAGGGUGUAAAAGGUACGGCGAUGCGAGUUUUGAUGCGACAGAGUGCUCAUUAUUUUCCCGACAGAGUGAUAUUCGGUCCAGCUGACCAAGUCUACGCAUUUUUAACUUGAAUGUCGUUUGAAAUUACGCAUUAAAACCCUGAAACUUUCAGCUGGCCAGAAAUACUUUGCCGAGUUCCUGAAAGGCGAGUACUCGGACGAGAACAUCCUCUUCUGGCAGGCCUGCGAGGAGCUGAAACGCGAGCGCAACACGGAGAAGAUCGAGGAGAAGGCGCGCAUCAUCUACGAGGACUUCAUCUCCAUCCUCUCGCCGAAGGAGGUGAGCCUCGACUCGCGGGUGCGCGAGAUCAUCAACAACAACAUGAUCCGCCCCACGGCGCACACCUUCGACGAGGCGCAGAACCAGAUCUACACCCUGAUGCAGCGGGACUCGUACCCGCGCUUCAUCGCGUCCCCGCUCUACAAACAGGUCCUCAGCCAGUACGGUCACAUGGAGGAGCUGUAG